AUGAGCUCGCCGUACGAUACUAAUCCUGAACAGCAGGAAAAUAAUUUGACUAAUGUUACAAAUACUCCUACUUUAACAGAUGAGAAUAACAAAGAAUAUGAGGGAAAAAAUGAAAAGGACCAUGAUUUAAGCCUUAUCAACUAUACAAACCAUGCUGAAGAAGAAAAAGAAGCGAUUGAACCCCCAAGUAAUGAGUUUGAAGAUAAUUCAAAUGUUCCAAAAUUAUCUUAUUUAAAAAUAUUUUUACUUAAUCUCUGGUUUGGAUUUAAUGCCUGGGGUGGUCCUGUGGCUCAAAUAGCAUUAAUUAAGGAUACAUUAGUAAUUCAACAAAAAUGGAUUACAGUGCCAAGGUUUAAUAGAGUCUUUGGUGUUUAUCAAAUUUUACCUGGUCCAGAAGCUACUGAAUUAUGCAUGUUUUUUGGUUGUCUUUCCGGUGGUAGAUUUGGUGGUUUUCUUGGUGGUUUAGGUUUUGUGUUACCAGGUUUUAUUAUGAUUUUAUUAUUUUCUUAUAUUUAUGUUAUAGUUGGUCUUGACAACGUUUAUUUUAAUGCUUCUUUUCGAGCUUUACAACCAGUUGUAUCUGCGAUGGUUUUAAGAGCUACUCACAAAAUUGCUGAACAUGCAUUAAUAUCACAUACAACUCAUCGUUUUAGUUAUUGGUUAUUUGGUAUGGCAAUUUUAGCUGCAAUUCAAACUACUGUAAACUUUAAUUAUUUCAUAACUUUAGGUGUAUGUGGUAUAGCAUUUAUGUUUAUAGAAAGAAAGUUAUAUUGGAUUGGAUUAUUUGUAAUUUUAUUAGAAUUAGUUGGUUAUGGAAUUUAUAUUGGAAUUAAUAAAGCUAUUCCAUCACCUAGUUCUCUGGGUGUUGGUGUAGCUAAAGCUGAACCUGGUAGUGGACCUGACCCUGGUCACACCUUUGCUUUGGGACUUGUUGCUGGCAGCUUAUCUUUUGGCGGUGCUUAUGUAACAAUACCAUUUUUACAAGCUGAAGCAGUAACAAUAGGACAAUGGAUGACAGUGUCGACAUUUCUCGACUCUAUUGCUAUUGGGAACAUAGUUCCCUCACCAUUAGUAAUGUUCUCCACAUUUAUAGGUUUUCAAGCUGGUUAUCUUUGGGGAGGUCAUAAUAUAGGCUUUGGCUUGCUAGGCGGUUUACUCAUAGCCGUAGGAAUGCUUUUUCCGUGCUUUAUGUUUACAAUAUUAGGGCAUAAUAUACUUGAAAAAUUAGUUCGCAAUAAAUUUCUAGCAGCAUUUUUUGACGGUAUUUCUGGUACAGUUGUUGGAAUUAUUGCUGUAACUGCAAUGAAUUUACUCAAAUCUUCAAUAACAUCUACAACAGGUCUUGCUGAUGUAUCACAGCAAGAUUUACCUAUUGUUCUAGCAAAAAAUAGUAGUAUUGCGGCUGUGUUAUAUGUUUUGACUUUGGCUGCUUUAUAUGGAUUUAAAAAACCAUAUUUAUCCUUAUGGUUAGUGAUUUUUGGUGCUAUAGCUGGACAAUUUUUAUUUGUUAAUAAUUAA